CUAGCAGAAUAACAUCGUCAGCGAUCAGCCAUUGUCGUGAGAUGUGAAGAUUCUUCUCGUGAUAUAACCGUUGAAAAAGCCAAGGAAUUAUCGUAGAUUAAAGUAAAACUACUAACGCAGCGAUGCACACAAUCCCGGAAUUAGGUACCAGUGUGCCGGCGUUUCUUGCCAAGCUCUGGAAGCUGGUCGAGGAUCCCGAAACCGACGACCUUAUUUGUUGGUCACCCAGUGGAAGAAGUUUCUUUAUUAGGAAUCAGGCACAGUUUGCAAGAGAAUUGCUGCCCCAUUAUUACAAACACAAUAACAUGGCCAGUUUUGUCCGUCAGUUGAAUAUGUAUGGUUUUCACAAGAAGGUUUCUGUGGAACUGGGUGGUCUGAAAUGCGACAGAGAUGAAAUGGAAUUUGCACAUCAAUUCUUUUGCAAGGGACAUCCAUAUCUUGUGGAACACAUUAAGAGAAAAAUUGCAUCCAGCAGAGGACAAGAUCCGGCACUUACACCCAUUAAACCGGAAUUAAUGAAUAAGAUGCUGACAGAAGUGAGGAGUAUGAGGGGUCGUCAGGAACAUUUAGACUCGAGACUUGGAGCCAUGAAAAGAGAGAACGAAGCCUUAUGGAGGGAACUAGCAAUGCUUAGGCAAAAGCACCUGAAACAACAGCAAAUUGUUACUAAGCUUAUACAUUUCUUAAUCACUUUGGUGGAACCUUCAAGAGGUGGGGGUCUCUCUGUUAAAAGGAGAUACCCAUUGAUGAUCGACGAUUCUAAUCGUCAACGUAGUAAACAAUCAAAACUGUCAAAGUCACAAGCAUCACCUACAGGGCCUGUAAUUCAUGAACUUGAUGCAUCUGAACCGGAUUUAGAUUCAGAGUAUAUUGUUGCAGAGAUGCUGGAAGGAGAUCCAAAUCCAGCUGUACAAAGUCCCGAACAUAGUAGUACAUCAAUAAUAGACGAACACAAUAUGGAAACUGUUCAUCUAGUUGAUGAUUCAAUUCAGUUACAGGAUAACAUACAACUGGUCAAUCCACAAGAAAUUGAGGCCCGAAAGAAACGUGGAUGUAAGGGUAAAAAGAAGGAAGAAACACAUAUGCUUGAAAUGCCACUAGAAGAUUCGCCGGUGACUAUCGCUUUGCUGGAAAAUAAAACAACUUCUAAGCCGAUACCUGUUGCAACUGUGCGUAGUUCCAAGCUCGCAGCCAUGGCAGCUAAUUUGAACAAACCAGCCGAUGCAGAGCCUGAACUCGAUUUGGAAAGUAUCGAUGACACAGAGGAAGGGGUUCAGGAGAACGAUUCUAAUUUGUUGAAGCUCGAGGAUAUUUUAAUAGUGCCGGAAAUCAUCAACGAGGAGAACGUGCAAUUUAGCGAGAACAACGAAAACUUGAAAUCUAGUGGGAAUGACAUCACGUAUGAUGAGCUUAAAAAAAUUGAUGAUAUUGCCAAGCAGAGAGUUUCCUGUACAAAUGGUGCUGAAAAACCCACAGAGCAGGAGAAUGCUAACUCGAAUGGAGCUAGCACAAGCACUGAUUUAUCUUUGAGCCGUGUCAAUCCCAUAUCAGACACUCACAGGUUAGGAUCAAUGGAGGAUAUGGAUAAUCAUCUCGAAUCAAUGCAGACAGAUUUGGACAAUCUCCGUGACAUCCUUCGGGGCGAGGGUUACAGUAUCGAUGCGAAUACACUUCUUGGUUUAUUUGGAGCAGAUGAUCCAAUGUCAUUUGGUAUGCCUGUUAAUCCAGAACUAAAUCCACAUUCAGAGAAAGAGGACGAUGAUCACGCUAAUGAUGCUGAUAACGUUAACGGGACGGCCGGAGGAGAACUUAUGGCGUACAACCCAACGCAAAAUUUACUAGAUUUUGACGACGACAUUUUCUUGAAUGCUGCAUCACCUGUAACGAGCUCAGUAGAUGACGGAACAGCAAACAGUCUCUAUGCUUCGGACCCUCUAGAUAUGGAGGACAGCAAAGCUUCGCUUCUCGCUUCUUUAAGAAACGUCGUAAACACUUCAUCGUAAAGUCUUUUUGCUAAUGCCAUGGAAGCAAGACUGCUGGAUUUUUAAUUACCUCGUUGGUAAUACCUUCGUUUUAAUUAACAGUAUGAUGCUACGAACUCUAUGACCAGUUUAGUACGCGUAGAAAGAAAGAGAGACAGAGAGAGAGAGAGAACAAGAGUUGAGAUACACGCACAGUGGUUCGAUUAUAAUUCCUUGAAGAAGAAAGUACAGAGGUGAAAGAACCAAAACAAAUGUAAUCUAGAUCAGAAGGGGGUGGAGGUGUUUGUCGUCACGGUGAUGAAACUACCCGGUAUUAUGUGUACAACAACAUUGAGCUGUUGCUAGAAUAUUGUAACACAAAAAGAACGCAUCGAGUAUGUAUCUGAAGAGGAAUAAGUCCUGUUUUCAGUAAUUUGUACAUAAUUACGCGGAUGAUUGUCGAAUCGAUAAAGAAAUACGG